AUGGCACAUGCAAAAGACAGGCAUUACUGGUUUCAGCUAAGAACAGCACUCACAGCAGGUCGCUGGGGCUCUGAAACACCAGCCCAAGCCCCCAAUGCAUCGCCGUUGUCGUGGUCGAGGUUGUUCUACAAGUUUAACAAACACUGCAAGGGCUUCCAGGACUGUGCAAACUCGGUGGACGAGGAUGCGUUGGGGAACGAACAGGCCGGGGAGUUGAGGUUGGGAGACGAGUGUGUACUGGCACCAGAGCGCGUCGAGGAAGCAGCUGGAGGCUAUCAGACACUCCAGAGCUUGGAGAGCAGCAAUCCAUCUGACUCUCUCCAUCUCGCGUUGGCAUAUUACGCCUACGCGCUCGGACGACCAGAACAGUGCUUGGCUCACUUGUCCAAAGUUUCCAAGCUGGUGGACGCUCAAAGUCACAUACCUGUUACACCUUCGAGCCGAGCCGAGGGCCAUACCCUCCAGAUACCUGGUUCUGUGACUGCAUCGUCAUCCCCCUUGACGGGCAGCUUUGUCUCUGCCAUUUCGUCUCCAUUACUCCCCGACAUCUCAAAUGGGAGGGCAUGGGCAAUCAUGGAAUCACUCCGAAGCAUAUGCUUACAAGGCAUGUCCUAUGAGACCCUCUACCCCUCGGAUCCAGAAAAAGCCAUCGAAGCAUACGCAGUUGCCCUUCCUCUACUGAACAUUAUUCAAUUCACGAUUCCCCGAGCACCCGAUGCUCAGCCUUUACUGACGUCAUUUACGCAUUAUCGCGAACUGUGGCGGUGGGCAGAACGACUCAUGUUUCGCGCAAUUACUCUUAUUGCCCGCACGCGGCCUUUGGACGAACCGGAGAGCUUGAUAUGGAUGUUCUUCACUCAUUAUCAAGCGUGUGGAGCCUUUUGGAUACCGACGUUCAGAUUCCCUUAUAGGUCUAUCGUGGCUGUGCUGCAUCUCCGUGCCCUUAUACUCAAACACCGCACCCCUUCCGAACGCGCGCCGCUGAAUACCUCCCUGCGGCCUCAGAAACUCCCGCGAUGGUUAAGUGUGGCGCGUUCUGUCGCACACGAUUACAAAUCCAUAUUGGACGAAUGCACGCAUUUCCCGAGAGCCGGAGAACGGAAUGUCAAGGUGGAAGAUUUUGUAGACCUAUGCGUCGCUGUGUGGGAAGCAAGUCGGUCCGUGUCCGAUUGGGCAGAUUGGGUUAUUGAUACCCUUUGGUGGGCGACGAAACUAACGUUCAACUCGUACCGCAUCUUCCGACAUAUGAGUCGGUUGCUUUAUGUCACCGGAGACAGCGAACUUCCGAAGCGCAUGCUGCGAUUGUAUGUCGAAGUAGUCGGAAAAUCUUGUGAAGCGGGCAUUGACGACGACUACGAUACGGAUCGCCACUGGGUAGAGACCCUUGUCGAAGGCUCUAGGAUGCUAUGUCGUCUCGCGAUCUCCCGACCUGGCUGGGAUGGCGUUGAAGAGGCCAAGGAAGCCGGCGACUUCAUUGAAAAAGCGAAGACGCGUUUGGAUCGAAACGACAAAGAACUCGUUGCCAGGGUUGCGCUUGCGGAAGGGGUCUGGCAUACUAUUUCUGGAAUUAUUGGUGUGGAUUUACGAGAGCGUCCCAAACGAUUCGCGCUUGCCCUUGAGCAGUUUGUAAAGUCCGUCGGGACGUAUCCAACGCCAGCUGCGCAUCAUCACCUUGCUAUUUCUUUGGCGCUUCCUGGACCCUCCCAGGACCUGAAACAGGCCAUAACUGUCGCGGGCGCGGCGGUGGAGGGGGAGGCGCUUGAAAUUCGGCACUGGCACCUUCUCGGAUUACUUUUGACAGCGGAAGGACAAUGGGAUAAAGCCAAGAGCAUACUUGAAAUUGGAGCCAACAUCGGUGAGGCAACCUUGGAGUCCGACGAAAAUAGUACUACCGAACAAGAAUCUAAGCCGAGUGAUGUUAAGGUCAAGGACUUCGAGACCGAGAAAAUUCCCUCUGAAGUCUCCGAAAAAUCUUCCCGUCCGGCAGACGCUAGCGACAUUGGCGAAAUGCCUGCACCUGAUCGCGAGUUCAAGUUUUGGGAACCCCUGCUUGACCCCAAUGCGAGGUCUAUACCACCUUCGGCGACACUGUUGCAGCCGCUACCUGAUCACCCACCACCGUCGCGAGUCGAUGCGUUCGAGUAUGCGUUACAGCUGAGGCUGACACAGAUGGCGCUUACGGAACACGUGGAAGGCGCUGAAGGUGCGGAGAUCAAAUGGGUGAAUGUGUAUGGCUGGAUAGCGGAAAGGAAGGGGUCUGUAUCAGAGACACCAAUUCGGUCUUCAGUAGACACGAGCUCCAGGACGACGACUACGCAGUUAGGAUCAAUGGUCAUUGUCUCAACGCCCCAGGAAUUGGAGAAUGAGAAACAACCAAGCGGCGAGCCUUCAGGAACUCUGGGACUGAUUACAGCACCAGAGGGGACCCCACCCCCGAUCACUGUGACCCCAGCGACUCCGGCAGAUGCUGAUCACCGAUUCUCUAUUGGUAGCGAGCCUCAGGAACAAUUGAGGCGGUCAGCGUCGAUGGGUGCGGACCCUUCCACGGGGAAGAAGGUACAGCAAAUGUUGAAAGACCGUGUUCACAAGGGGCAAGAGAAAAUCAGUACCAUAUCGAGGAAAAUUGGGUACGGCGUCGGUAGGAGUAGCAGUUUACAUCUCAAACGGUCGAGCUCCGCUCCGGGUAAUCGGGCCGUCGUAUACCACUUCACACAUACUCACCCAGCACCCAUAGAUUUUCAGGCUGUGCUUCGGAAUCAUCAGUAUCAAGCAUCUUCGAUCCAUUCCCGGCGAAGGUUGCGUUCACUUAUUCGACAUCACCAUCGCCAUGAGUCUCCUGUGGAAUCGCCACCUGCGCCCCCGCCACCCAGUUUACCUCCCGUGCAAGAACCUAAGACGAGUCAGCGGGCGACCAGGGAGGACAAAUUGCUGAGUGAUUUAUGGGCUGCAUCAGCUGCGACAUUCCGUAGGACGGGUAAGAUCGACCAGGCGAAAGGUGCUAUCCAAGAGGCCGAAGUGAAAAACCCUGACAACCCUAACGUGUGGGUGCAGUUCGGAUUAUACCAUUACGCUCUAGGUCACGAGCGACAAGCAACACAGGCAUUCCAGAAGGCAUUAUUUAUUUCCCCGGACGACGUUUCUGCUGCUGUUCAUAUGUCUCGGAUAUAUCUUGAUUCGGCGUCGGAUGGCGACAUCGACAUGGGUAAGAUAGAUCUGACCGCGGGGCUGCUAGGAUACAUCACUCGUUCUCGAGGGUGGAACGUGCCAGAGGCAUGGUAUUACCUCGCAAAAGCGUACGGUCUGCAAGGCCGCAAGGAAGAAGAGCGAGAGUGCCUGGUGAAGUCGUUUAAGCUGACGGAACAGAGGUGUAUCAGGGACAUCGGGCUUGCAGUGGGGUGGUGUUUGUAG